AUGAAGCUGAUGCGCAGUCUUUGGGUGCUCGGAGCCGUUGCCGUGGCCGGUGCCGGGGCCUUCCCGGCCGCGGGACCGGAUACCACUGCGGACUCUCCCGAACUGGAAGGUCGGGACAUCCUAUCGACCACGGUAGACACGCCGGCCGGGACCAUUGUCGGGGCUCGUCUCCUAGGCGUCGACUCCUUCCGCGGCAUCCCCUACGCCGAGUCCCCCGCCGGUAAGCAGCGGCUCAAGCCGCCCAAGCGCCUCCAGACCAAGCUUGACAACUUUGACGCCAAGGGCAUCGCGCCCAGCUGUCCGCAGAUGCUCCUGUCCAGCUCGUCCGACGACAUCAUAUCCAAGAUCGGGUCGUUUGCGCUGCAGCUGCCCCUCUUCAAGCCCCUGACCGACCCGAUCCAGGGCCAGGAGGAUUGCCUCAGCGUGACGGUGCAGCGGCCGUCAGACGCCAAGGAGGGCGACGACCUCCCGGUUCUGUACUGGAUGUAUGGCGGGGCUUUUGAGCUGGGCAGCACAAACGUCUACGACGCCGCCUCGAUGCUGAGGCAGGCCAGCCGUCAGGGCCAGCCCUUCAUCUUCGUGGCCGUCAACUACCGCGUCGCCGGCUGGGGCUUCCUCCCCGGAGCCGAGGUCCUCGCCGACGGCAGCGCCAACCUCGGCCUGCUGGAUCAGCGCAUGGGCCUCGAGUGGGUGGCUGACAACAUCGCUUCGUUCGGCGGCGACCCGACAAAGGUCACCAUCUGGGGCGAGUCGGCCGGCUCCAUCUCCGUCUUCGACCAGAUGGCCCUGUACGGCGGCGACGUCAGCUACAAGGGCAAGCCCCUCUUCCGCGGUGCCAUCAUGAACUCGGGCAGCAUAAUCCCCGCCGAGCCCGUCGACGGCCCCAAGGGCCAGGCCGUGUACGACACCGUAGUCGAGGCGGCCGGGUGCUCCGGCGCAGACGACACCCUCGAGUGUCUGCGAGACGUCGACUACGACACCCUCAUGGACGCCAUCAACACGCUCCCUGCCUUCAUCGGCUACUCGUCCGUCGCCCUGUCCUUCCUGCCCCGACCGGACGGCCGCGUGCUGCCCGACAGCCCCGACGUGCUCGCCAGCUCGGGGCGCUACCACGCCGUUCCCAUGAUCAUCGGCGACCAGGAGGACGAGGGCACCAUCCUGUCCCUGUUCCAGUCCAACACCACCAAGACCGACGAGGACAUCGUCGACUACCUGUCCACGAAUUACUUCCACGGCGCCAGCGACGAGACCCUCACGGCGCUGGUCAGCUCCUACGAGGACACCAAGGCUAUGGGCAGCCCCUUCCGCACCGGAAUUCUCAACGAGCUGUACCCCGGAUUCAAGCGUCUCGCCGCCAUAUUGGGCGAUCUCGUCUUCACCCUCACCCGUCGCUAUUUCCUCGACCUCGCCACCAGCGCGAACCCCGAAACCCCUGCCUGGUCGUACCUCGCCUCGUACUACCACAACACGCCCGUCAUCGGGACCUGUCACGCGUCCGACAUCGCUCAGUUUUUCUUCAACGCCAUCCCCGACCCCGCCGGCAUGGCUCACCGCACCUACUACUACAACUUCAUCAACAAUCUCGACCCCAACGUCGGCAACGAUGACCACCCCCACUGGCCCCAGUGGUCCGAGAACCGAGAGCUCCUGUGGUUCGAGAACCUGGUCAAGGUCGGUUAUCUGGAUGACGAUUUCAGGGAAGACUCGGCCCGCAUCAUUUCUGAGAAUGCGGCCGAACUGCAUAUUUGA